AAAUGACAAAUUAGGGUUCACAAGUGCUCUGCAUCGCGAGGGAAAAUGGCAAUGCCUCAAAUUCCAGAAUCUGGAUCUAUGAAGAUGAGGCGCACCCACUCUGGAUAAUCUAGAAUUCUCUCGAAUUCGGUAUGUGCCGGUACCAAGCAUCUUACUUAUCUUCGUUUUCGUUAAGUUUUGAAAUUAACAUUAUCCAUGUGAUAGUCAUGAGUUCUGUGAAUUAUGAAUUGUGAAGGUGAAGAAGAUUGUAGUUAGGUUGCAAUCGGAAGAUUUGCUAGUAUUUGAAUCUUACCAAGUUUAGCUUCAUGGCGUCGAAGCCUAAGAAAAGGGCUAUUGCUGGUUGUGAGGGUGAGGGAGGAGGUUGUAGUGAGAGUAAGAGCAUGAUAGACAGACUUAGUGAUCCGCCGGAUCAGGUUGCUCAUCACAUUCUCUCGUUCCUAACUGUAGUUGACCUCGUUCGGCUGUGUUGUGUGUCGAAAAGAUGGAGAGAGCUUUCUCUGUCAGCGCCGUGUUUGAAUUUUGAUGACAUUCCAUCGAGUUGUAGAUCCACAUGCUAUGACCGGCUGCAGUUGAUGACUUAUUUGGAGAGGUUCUUGUUUCAUCGUGGGGAUAAUAAGGUACAGUCUUUUCAUGUGAACUGGGAAAGGCAUUAUAUGGACGAAAAUGAAACUGUGUGCAUCUGUUCGAGUGAGCAUUAUCGACUCCUUACAUGGAUUAACUGUGCAGUGAGGUGUAAUGUUGAAGUGCUUGACCUUAAGAUGGCUCUGUAUGAUCCUGAGGAGGCACCAUUUCCGUCUAGCGUCUUUCUCUGUGGAACUUUGAAGUCGUUAGUGGUGGACAUGAAUUUUACUCUUCUUAGAACGCCCUCGUUUGGGUUUUCCUCAAAUCUCUCUAAGUUGCAGUUGAAAGAUGUUGUAAUAGAGGAUGAGCGGUUUUUCAAAUGGAUCUCGUGUUCCUGCAAGUUCAUUCAGGAAUUACAUCUUGAUCAAGUUCGUGGAAUUGAAACUAUCAGCAUUGCGAGCUCGUCUUUGAAAAUAUUUAGAUUUUUCGAUGUGUUCAACACCUCCCAUCUUAGCAUAUCAGGUGAGAAACUUGAAGACAUAGUUGUGGGCUGGUAUGUUGAAUCACCUAGCAACAGUUCUUUAAAUAUUUGUGCCCCAAAUCUGAAGGUUUUGAGUUGGAGUGGGAAGUUGAUGAAUCACCUAUCUCUGGGAAAGUUCAGAUGUUUGGAAGCUGCUGUGCUUCGUCUAAGGCCUGAUGCAGAUGAAGUGGACAAAGUGUAUGAGGUUCUUUGCAGUUUGUGCAAGGUUAGAGCUCUUAUGCUAGAUGAAGCAACCAUUAAGGCUCCAUUCAGUAAAGGAUCGAUGCGAGCUCCAAUAUCUAAUAUUCAUUGUUUGACAAUGGAUACUGGACGCAUUACUGACGAGUUGGUUCCGGCAAUAGCUUCUCUCUUCAAAGGAUUGCCUAAUCUCUAUAUUCUUUGUGUACAGUAUAAACCCCCUCUAGAUGGUCCUCAAUCUAAUACAUCUGGGUUUGAUAUGGGUUACUGGAAGCUGCAAAAUCUUGCUUUUAUUGAUCAGCUGAAGGUAGUCAGCAUUGAACUUUGCAAUGACUCCAAUGUAAUUGAUUUAGCAAGGUAUAUUCUCGAGUGCGCUCAGAAUUUGCUGCAAAUGAUUGUUAUUUCUCCACCCCAGGAUUCAGAUGCAGUUACAAAGAAGUUAAUGGGAAGCAAGAUAGUAUCCGGUGCUACGGUUGUCUAUCGUGAAAGAGAGAAAAGAGGAUAAUGAAGCUCCUCUGGCACUUUUCAGAAGCUAACUGUCAUAACAUCGAAAGUUUAGCAUCAAUGUUGACAGACCCAUUUUGUGUAUAAAUUAGAUCUGUAUUUUUUUCAGAUGUUAACCAGCAAUGUUCCUUGAGUACUGCUAUACAUUCUGUUCUUGUACUGGGUUGACAUUCGACAAGGCAUUAGUUCACUUU